AUGCGAACCGCGCCUCCGUUGGCUUCUGGCAGAAUCGAGAAGUCGCGAGAUGAAACGACAACAACGUGCACACAACACAGCGACGCGGCAGCGACUGAGCGGCGAGCACGAGGUGGCGGGCGCGCUGGGCCGGAGGCGGCGCCCUGCCCCGCCCCACGCCCCGCCUGCCGCAGCACCCUCGGCUACCUCAGCCUUCGGCCGCUGACAUCGCUCAUGAAGCGAUGA